AUGAUCUUCUUUAUACUGGUUCUUUGUAUCAAUAAAAAUCGUGCAUCAAUAAAUGGUAUUAAUGAUCCAAUAUCUUUUUAUAAUAAUGAUGAUGAAUCUGGAUUUCCUAUUAAUCGAGAUAAAUCAUUUGAUUUAAAAGAAUUCAUCCCUGAAGAUAUUGAAUCAAGUCAACAUAAUGCUUGGUCUCGUUUAUUUCACAGUGAAACUAGUCAACCAAGAAUUACAAAUCGUUCACGUUAUCCAUCAAGACUACAUAGUCAUAGUUCUCCAAAUGGUCGCAUGUACAUUAUACCAUUUGAUAAACGUACAAUUCCAAUUGAACUUCAAAAAGCUCUUUAUGCUCAUGGAAUUGUAGGUCGAUGA